AUGAAGCGCAAGCUAGAUGCCAACGAUGUCCCCUCGACAGAUGCGACCGAAGGAGACAAUGAAUCGCAAACCACAUUUGAAAAUCUCGCUCUCGAUCCGCGGUUACGCCAAGCGUUGGUGAAGGAAAACUUCUCGAAACCGACUCUCGUUCAGUCCAAGGCUAUACCUUUGGCUCUUGAAGGGAAGGAUAUACUAGCGAGGGCGAAGACGGGGUCGGGAAAGACUGCAGCAUACGUGCUUCCUGUGUUGCAAUCGAUCUUGCAGAGGAAAUCGAACGACCCUUCCUUGAAAGCAACCUCUGCUCUCAUCCUAGUCCCCACCAGGGAACUCUCCGAGCAAGUCCAACGAGUCAUCACAUCCUUCUCCUCAUUCUGCGGAAAAGAUAUUCGAUCCGUCAAUUUGACCCAGAAAGUGUCCGACUCGGUUCAACGUGCCAUGCUCGCUGAUAUCCCCGACAUUGUCAUCUCCACCCCGGCACGAGUCGUCUCCAACGUGAACAAUUCCGCUUUAUCUCUGCACCACCUCACUCAAUUAGUGAUUGAUGAGGCUGAUUUGGUGCUUUCAUAUGGUUACGAAGAUGAUAUCAACGCUUUGGCCAAAGCUGUUCCUCGAGGAGUCCAGACAUUCUUGAUGAGCGCAACUCUUACAUCUGAAGUCGACACGUUGAAAGGCUUAUUCUGUCGAAACCCAGUGAUUCUCAAAUUGACCGAAGCCGAGGAUGAAGGCGGCGGUAUUAGUCAAUUCGCUGUCCGUUGCGCUGAAGACGAGAAGUUUCUCCUCACAUACGUUAUCUUCAAACUACAGCUCGUGAAGGGUAAAUGCAUAAUCUUUGUUGGAGACAUUGAUCGUUGCUACCGUCUCAAACUGUUUUUGGAACAGUUUGGUAUCAAGAGCUGUGUUCUCAAUUCGGAACUUCCGGCCAAUUCGCGUAUUCAUGUUGUUCAGGAAUUCAACAAGGGUGUAUACGAUAUCAUCAUUGCCGCCGAUGACCAAGAAGUCCUCGGCACGAAAAAGAUCAAAAAGACAGCUGCAAUCACAGAUGCUGACAACAACGAGAAUGGCGAGGACGCCGAAGCUGAACUCGAAGAGUCCAGUGACGAUGAGGUCCCAGCCGAAAACACGCAGACCAAAAGUAACAAGAAGCAAAAGCUCUCCGGCAAACAAAAAGAUUACGGUAUCUCGCGCGGCAUCGACUUUCAGAACGUCGCCUGCGUCCUAAACUUCGAUCUCCCCACAACCUCCAAAUCCUACACUCACCGUAUCGGCCGUACGGGCCGCGCCGGCAAGACAGGUAUGGCACUCUCCUUUGUCGUCCCCAAGGACGAAUUCGGCAAACACAAACCCACCAGCUACCCAACAGCCAAACACGACGAAGCCGUGCUCGCCAAGAUCACCAAACGCCAGGCCAAACUCGGCCAUGAAGUCAAACCCUACCACUUUGAAAUGAAACAAGUUGAAUCCUUCCGCUACCGUAUGACCGACGCUCUACGCGCCGUCACGCGACUUGCAAUCCAAGAAGCGCGUGUCCGCGAAAUCAGGCAGGAACUUAUCAAAUCCGAGAAACUGCGUCGCCAUUUCGAAGAGAAUCCCGACGAACUGCGCCAUUUGCGACACGACGGCGAAAUCCGCGCAGUGCGGAUACAGCCUCAUCUCAAGCACGUUCCGGAUUAUCUGAUGCCGUCAAAGGGCAAAAAGGGCCUUAUGGCUGAGGAUUCGCAGCGACGCGUGGGAAUUGGGAAGACGAGUGAGAAUCGUAUCCGGAAGGCGAGGGAGAGGAACAAAGCCAAAGGAAGAAAGGCGGGCGGUGGGAAGAAGUCUGAUCCGCUCAAGACGUUCAAUGCGAAGGGGAGGAAGAAGUAG